AUGUUCUUCUUGGCAGGGGUCGCCGUUGCCCUCCGCCUCUAUACCCGCGGCAUCAUUCUCCGCGUUCUCGGGUGGGAGGAUUGGUGCAUAUGCUUGGCAUUAGUCUUCUCUGGUGGUAACACAAUCGGCAUGUGCCUCCAGGCAACAACGGCUCUUGGCAGACACAUCUGGACCCUCACAAAGGAAGAAAUGAGUUUCUUCCUCAAAGAGGUCUACUUCACUAUCCUUGUUUACAACCUUGGUCUAGCCUUCGUCAAGCUGUCUAUUCUUCUUUUGUACAUUCGAUUAUUCGCCGCCGUCUAUCUUCAAAGAACAAUCUAUAUUGUCCUUGGAACUGUCGCCAUCGUCAGCACCUGGGCCAUUGGCUCCUCUGCAUUUUUCUGCAUUCCGGUCGCCGCUUUCUGGGACCCGCAAGUCACUGGAACUUGUCUCCGCAAAGAGCCUCGGUGGUACGCGGGUGCAGCACUCAACAUCUUUACAGACAUCAUAAUUCUCGCCCUUCCAUUAUUUAUAUUUCGGAGUCUCCGUAUGCAUAUGAGACAAAAGAUUGGCCUGUAUUUCGUGUUCGCGCUGGGGUUCUUUGUCUGUAUUGUUUCCAUGCUGAGGUUUUCGUCGUUGGUGGUCGCAGCCAAGACGACCGAUCCGACCGGUGACAACCCAGGUGUGGCCAAAUGGUCCACAAUUGAAAUCAACACCGCCAUCAUCUGCGCCUGUCUUGUAACACUGAAGCCUCUCAUAUCCCGCUUCUUCCCCAAGCUACUUGGAAGUGAUCAUCCGGGUGGCGAUGAUGGCCGCCAUGGAAACACUGAUGUACGAAGUCCGCCUCCCACGGUAGGAGGUGGCAGCAACUGGAGGCUACGUCGCACGAGUGUCAGCAACUACCCUACUUUGGUUGGUACUAGCAGCACCGAUGGGACCUUGCACGAUUAAGCACACCCUCUGUGGCCGUCGCAAGAACCGUGUUGCGCGAUUGAAGCCUCUACUGGAGGUUCCUUGAUGCUAGGUUGCGAUUGACAAAGGAGUUGGAGGUGAGCCAGCAACGGUGGUG